CAGUAGCACAAUUUGUGCACAGUAGCACAGUUCGUGCACAGUAACGCAGUUCGUGCACAGUAGCGCAGUUCGUGCACAGUAGCGCCUUUGUUUAAGUUAACCUUUAUACCACAACCGCUUUGGUGUCAGUUUAUUUAAGUAUUUGUACUUGGCUGACUAUCAUCUAUGCCGAAUUUAACUUACUUUUUUUAGUUUGCCAACAUGAUCACCUUUAACAAUUUGUACUUCUCUCUUGUCUUGUUGAACUGUGUCGUCUUGCUGGAACUAGUUGGGAGUACUGCGUUAGUUGCCGGUGGUGAAGUUAGACAACUUUCAAACGAUCUGUUCAAUAACUUAGCGGAGGAAGAGGGUUAUAUUGGGAGCAACAUGGUUACUUCUGCUGGUCUGGACAAGCUUCACACGUGCCAGGUGUUUGGAGACUCGCACAUUACCACAUUUGACGGAAAAAGGUACUCAGUUUGGGCAGGGUCUGACUGCACGUAUAUUCUCGCUUUGGAUUGCUACUACGCUUCGUGGUUUAUAUACGUUACCUUCGUGAAGUGUGGAGAAGCUAGUAAGAGCGUGUCCAGCGUGGUCCUCUUUAAACAGGAUACUGUAUUAAUCCUCACCCGCGGCUGGCAAGUUAACACUGAAAAGGGAGAGAUCCGUAUGCGCGAAGGAAGACCCCGACAUUUGGGCAGCGGUGUAUUUGUCCAACUUUUCCCAGAGCAUCUCAGGGUAAAUUUUCGAAGCUACAGAGAAGAGAAAAUAACGUUGUUGUGGGAUGGCUGGACCACAGUUACAGUGCAGACACAGGCUGAGGCAAUCUGUGGUCUAUGUGGAAAUAAUAAUGGAAACAAUGCUGAUGAGUUCUUCAACCUUUGGUUUCACGGAAAGGACCAAAUGGAUUUGCCGAGCGCAUUUGUUUCUAGCUGGAAUGUGGAUGAAACUAACACGUGUAAUGCGGUCGAGCAAAUUAAGUCAAAGAAUUGUUCGGACCCUGAAGUAGAUAGAGAAGCCAAGAGACGGUGUGAUUAUCUGCUGGGUAACCCCGUCUUCACGACACAGUGUCUAGGAGCAGAUCUGGAGUACUAUCUAGAACAGUGUUAUGUUGACCUGUGUUACCGCAUGGACCUGGACAAGGAGUAUCCCACAGAGUGCCAGAUAGCAAGCUCGCUGGCAGAGUUGUGUGCGGCUAGAGGCGGAGUGUUCCGGGACUGGAAGCGGAGACUGGGAUGUCCUGAGUCCUGCUCAGUACGACAGGCUGUCUUCUCCACUGGAUGUUCCUUGUCGCACUACCCCUGGAGGGAGAGGUGUCCAGCUCGCAACUAGCAGACAGCUGCUUUAUUGGGACUUUUCACGCGUGGUUAUAUCUUAAAUCACUGAUAACUUUCUAGAUAGGAUAUAUCUCAAUUUUAAUUAUAUUUUGUUUUUGGAUAAUUGCAAUUGUCGCAGCAGUCUAGUUGGGUACUGUACGUUGAUUUUAAGAAUUUAAAAAUAUUUUAUUGAUUUCAAUUAUUAAUAAGUGGGGUUAAGAUACUGUAAUUUACCCUAAUUCCAAACUUUGGUAUUUCAAUAAAGACCUCUAUAAUUAUAUCAUCAUAGGUUUUCAAAAUUUA